AUGAACACAAUCAAACACGCACUCACAUCACCACCCACACUCGCAUGCCCAGACUACACACAAACAUUCACACUACAAACAGACGCUAGCGGAACAGGGAUAGGUGCCGUACUAACACAAUCUCUCGAUGACGAAGAGCAUGUCAUAGCCUACGCUAGCCGUGCGCUAAGCGAGGCAGAACGCCGACUUGCACGAUGGGCAUUAGAACUAUUAGAAUACGACUUUGACAUUACACACCGAAAAGGUACAAUGCACGACGUACCAGACGCACUUUCAAGACGACACGAAGACGAAGAACACAUAGACACAAUAGAAGACACGACAGACAAAUGGUACACAUACAAGAAAACACAAUUAGAGAACGACGACGAAAUAGAAUUACAAGACACAGACAGAUGGACAGACCACUUGAGACGACUACAAAUACUUAGAGACGAAGUACAGAGGCACUUAAUAGAAGCAAACGAAAAACAAGCACACUACUACAACCUACGAAGACGAGACAUUCAAUUCAAGGAAGGAGACAGAGUACUGAAAAAGAACCAUACACUCUCAUCCGGACCAGAACGAACGACAGCAAAGUUAAAAAGACAACAUGGAAAACCAGCAACCACACCACAAAAUACCGGCCCUGAUGACACUGCGACUGACGAGACCGACGACAACGACAACACAAACAGAGAGAACAACACUACUACAAACACCAGGACAGGCCCCACACCCACACAGAUACGGACGCGACGGCACACACCAAACAGAGACCCGACGAACCCUACUACCGACACCCACUACAUACAUACAGGACCACCCCCCGAAAUAAUAGCCAUAAUUGCCAACUUACAAUCGACAAGCACCCUGGAAGACGAACUACGAGCCGAAAGAGACAGAUAUAUGACCAGACGGGCACUCCAACGCACAAACACUGACGAAACAGAAGCCAGCACCUCAACACGCCAACCACACACCACACAUCAAACAGCACCACACAAAACACAACCCCCAAACACACCAGACACUGACAGCGACACAGAUUCCACCACCUCCACCACAGAGACAGUUAUACACAUAGAAACCACACACACAAGCACGCCACAGACACAAACGACGGACAACGACACAGACAGUGACACCGACACCACCUCACUCACGGACACAACGGAGGCCAAAGAAACAGAACACAACCCAAAAAGAGAGAGGAGAAGGGAGAAGCAACCACGAGCCACGAGGAACAAAGAACAACGCAAAAACUCACCAAGACCCACACCGACGAGAGCCACCGAACCAAAACCAAAAACUUGA